UACCAGAGCAAGGUUAGGGUGAACAUUUUUAUCCAUAUUUUGCUGCAGUUUUGCCCUCCCUGACCUUAAUUCGGCACCAUGGUUUGCUGGAAUGUGGAAAGGUCUAUUAAGACAGCCAAGUAAAAAUGCUCAGGGUUAGACUGUGAGGCAGUUUGAGCCAGUUUUUCUCAGUACAGACUUUUCCUUUAGAACCUUCACGCCUUCUGCUUUAAUCAACAACACAGAAACUUUAAAAACACAAUAAUGUGAUUUAAUUAAUCAGAUGUGAUACACACACCUUCCAUCCCACCAAGUCUCAGAAGAAAGUACUGAAGAAAAUGACCAAGUUUCUCACAGUUCCCAAAUCAGAAUCAACUUUUUCUAAUGCUGAUUGUAAAGAUGCUGGAAAGCAAACUCUUGCAGAGUUUAGUGAAGUGAAUGAUCCAGCUUUUUUAGAGCCCAUGCCUGGCACAAAGCCAUCUGAGACUAUCAAAACAAGGGAUAUCAAUACAGACAAACUGGAAAGGAGCAAUGUAAAGGGAACUGCUGAUUUGGUUACCACGAAAGGACCAAAAGAUUCACAAGUAGCGUCGUCAUCUGGCCAAUCAGUAUGUGAACCUGUAAACAAAACUAAGCUGUUGAAAAAACAAGCACCAGCACCUGGCAUUGGAGCUGAUCCAGACAAGCCUGCUUGCCGAAAAGCCAAAAUUCUUCGUCUUGAGAGAAAAAGGCAGAAACUGGCCUUGGCUAAAGGAGAACAGGUAGAUACAGGAUGGAGACAAAUAUUACAUUGCACAGCGAUUUUUCAUUUGUAAAUAAUAUUAUUAUUGUCUAGCAUCAUAGGCCUGCAAAAUGUGCAGAGUUGCAGCACCAGUAUAUUGCCAUCAGGGCACACUACUGUAUGUGCCUUGAUGUUAGUAUUUACUUACACUUCUAGAAACAUUGCGAUUCACAUUUGUGUAAAAUUCAAUUUUUGAAAAAAGUUAUUUAAAAUUCAAUUU